GGUGGCGCGGCGGCCCGAGGCCCGAGAUGGUGAUCUGCUGUGCGGCCGCGAACUGCUCCAACCGGCAGGGCAAAGGGGAGAAGCGCGCCGUCUCCUUCCACAGGUUCCCCCUAAAAGACUCAAAGCGUCUGAUCCAGUGGUUAAAAGCUGUUCAGAGGGACAACUGGACCCCUACUAAAUAUUCUUUCCUCUGUAGUGAACAUUUUACCAAAGACAGCUUCUCCAAAAGGCUGGAGGAUCAGCACCGCCUGCUCAAGCCCACGGCCGUGCCCUCCAUCUUCCACCUGACUGAGAAAAAGAGGGGGUCUGGAGGCCAUGGCCGCAGCAGGAGAAAGGACACCAGAAAAGCCUCCGGGGGCCUGAGGGGACGUGCGAGUGAAGCUGACGGGAAAGGAGCUGCAGGUUCACCGUCCUCCUCGAGUGAGCACCUGAUGGCCAAGCCAGAGGCCCGCAAGUUGAAGCGGGCUGCCCUGCAGAGUGAAGCCGCCAGUCAGGAGCGUGCGCUGCAGGCUAUGCAGGGACCUCCAGGCGACGCUGUGGCCACCACAGCAUCCAGCAGCAGGGCAGAAGCAAACAGGUCUGCAUGCGACGCUGGUGAUGAGAGCCGCACUGCCCCCGAUGAGGGCCACACUGCCCCCGAUGAGGGCCUGGUGGAUAAAAGUGGCAUUUCCAUGGAUGACUUUACCCCCCCGGGAUCUGGGGCCUGCAAAUUCAUCGGCUCACUUCAUUCUUACAGUUUCUCCUCCAAACACACCCGAGAGAGGCCACCCGUCCCCCGGGAGCCUGUGGACCGGAAGAGGCUGAAGAGAGACACGGAGCCCGGCUGCAGCGGGACUAGCCUGGGGCCUGACAAGGGCCUAGCCCAGAGCCCCCCAAGUUCGUCUCUGACUGCGACGCCGCAGAAGCCCUCUCAAAGCCCCUCUGCUCCCCCGACAGAUGUCACCCCAAAGCCAGCCACAGAGGCUGUGCAAAGUGAGCACAGCGAUGCCAGCCCCAUGUCCAUCAACGAGGUCAUCCUCUCAGCAUCGGGGGCCUGCAAGCUCAUCGACUCGCUGCACUCCUACUGCUUCUCAGCAAGGCAGAACCGGAGCCGGGCUUGCUGCCUGCGGGAGCAGGUGGAGAAGAAGAACGGUGAACUCAGGAGCCUGCGACAGCGCGUCAGCCGCUCCGACAGCCAGGUGCGCAAGCUGCAGGAGAAGCUGGACGAGCUUCAGAGAGGGAGCGCGCCGAACCCAAGUAGCCUGCCUGGCCCCAGCCGAGAGCCCCCCAAGAUGAACCCAGUGGUAGAGCCGCUGUCCUGGAUGCUGGGCACCUGGCUCUCAGACCCACCAGGAGCUGGGACCUUCCCAACACUGCAGCCCUUCCAGUACCUGGAGGAGGUGCACAUCUCUCACGUGGGCCAGCCCAUGCUCAACUUCUCGUUCAACGCCUUCCACCCGGACACGCGGAAGCCCAUGCACAGGGAGUGCGGCUUCAUCCGGCUGGAGCCCGACACCAACAAGGUGGCCUUCGUCAGCGCCCAGAACACAGGCAUCGUGGAGGUGGAGGAGGGCGAGGUGAACGGGCAGGAGCUGUGCAUCGCAUCCCACUCCAUUGCGAGGAUCUCCUUCGCCAAGGAGCCCCACGUGGAGCAGAUCACCCGAAAAUUCAGGCUGAAUUCUGAAGGCAAACUUGAACAGACAGUCUCCAUGGCAACCACUACCCAGCCCAUGACUCAGCAUCUUCACAUCACCUACAAGAAGGUGACCCCGUGACCCAGAGCAGAGCUCCAUCCAGGCCACGGGUGUCGGGACGUGACACUGGGCUUCUCACGGAGGCUGCAGCAGGUGUGGGUGUGGCGCAGGUCCCAGGGCUCCAGGAUGUUGUCCCCUGGUCCUGUAAUGGAUAGAAAACCAAA